AGCACGCAGAUUUUUCUCCCAGCAGGAAACUCACGGAUCACAUACGCUGCUCUCACACAUACACGCAUGUGUCUCCAACGACAGACGGAGCACAUGCUUACUCUCUCUCUCUCUCAACCUGUCAGAGAGACGUGUGUGUCUGCGUCUCCUCCCCCUCUCUCUCAUCUCUCACUUCUCUCUUUCUCUUCAACACUUCAUUCUUCUAUUCUCUCCUGAGGAUACAGGACGGCCACCUGUCUUCUUUUACUCUCUCUCUCUCUCUCUCUCUCUCUCUCUCUCUCUGUGGCUUUGUUCUGGAUUAUCGAGUUGGAAUAUCUCUGGAGUUCUGUCAUCUGUGGACAGCAUCAUCUCUCAUUGUGUUCUUGGGACUCUCUCUGAUUUUCAUGGGAAAGACACUGGAGCAGCACCCGAUGUACCCGCACUACACCUGUUAUUACCCACCAUACACACACAGCAAGCCCUAUGUCCCUCCCCCUCACCCGAUGGCUCCGCCCAGUCCAGACAGCUCCAGCUGUAGUCAGAGUGCUGUGGAACAGCUCAGUCAAACCAACCUGUACAUACGAGGACUUCCACCUGGAACUACCGACCAGGACCUCAUCAAAAUCUGCCAACCAUAUGGGAAAAUUGUGUCUACAAAAGCCAUUCUGGACAAGAACACAAACCAAUGCAAAGGUUAUGGUUUUGUGGAUUUUGACUGUCCGUCUGCAGCACAGAAGGCCGUCUCCUCUCUGAAGGCUGCAGGUGUACAGGCACAGAUGGCAAAGCAGCAGGAACAGGACCCCACUAAUCUGUACCUGUCUAAUCUGGCCGUCUCUAUGGAUGAGCAGGAGUUGGAGGCGGUGCUGAGACCUUUCGGUCAUGUGAUCUCCACACGGAUAUUACGAGAUGCCAACGGGAUGAGCAGAGGGGUCGGAUUCGCCAGAAUGGAGUCCACAGAGAAAUGUGAAGUUGUCAUACAACACUUGAACGGGAAUUUUCUCAAAAUGCCACCAGGCAUCCCAGCUCCAUCUGUGCCGCUGCUGUGUAAGUUUGCUGAUGGUGGUCAGAAGAAGAGACAAACUCCACUGAACGGCCGAGUGUGGAGAGAAGAGACAGGAAUGACACUCACAUACGAUCCUGCUGUCAUGCAGAACGGGUACAUCUCUCACACACACACACACAGACAGGAGGAGUGGUCGUCUCUCCAAGACGUGUAUUCCGAAUGCAGGAAAUCCUUCACUUCCUGUUUAUUGUGUCUGCUUCCUGUGUUGUACUCUUCUCCAUACUGUUUCACUACAAGCCGAAUGAUUGCACAGUCUUCUAUCACUCCAUUUAUCACCGCUUCCCCUGUUUCUACAUAUCAGGUUCAGAAUUCAGCGUGGAUGCCACGGCAGCAGUAUGUUAUGCAACCAACAGAUGCAUUAGAACACACUAUUAUAUCAGCAGCUGCGACGACUCCACGAUCACAACAGAUGAACCAGCUCACACUGGGAUCUGCUGCUAAUUACAUCACAGCACCUAUGCAGGGAACAUUCAUCCAUCAGUUCACACCUGUGCCUCCAUCUACACUACCUGCUGAGGCUGUAGUAACAGAAGCCUCGUCACACGGCUCUCUCCUCACAGGACGUCCACACACAACAACAACAACAACAACAACAGAUCACCAUGGAAACCAGUGACCACAUUCAAACCUACUCCUACAUCUCCAAGUGCGCACUGCACCCUGUAUAUCAUCUUGAGGUGAUGAAUGUAAGUCCCCGUUGCCUUCUGAUUGAAACGAGACGUUCGGCACUGAACACCAGGGCAAAGAAUUGAACUUCCAGUUGACAUCAGCACCAAAAAUAGAGACUUGUUAGUUUCCUACCUGGACUAAAAGAAGCGCUCAGCAGUGUCGAUGGGAAAGGCGAUGAGGUGUUUUAUGUCUAUUGGACUGGCGCUUUCUUCAAAGACUUCAAACAGUUGCUUUUGUGGAUAAAUGAGGUUUAUAUUGUGAAAUUAGAACAUGGAUCGUCUUCCUCAGAUAUUAAGCUAGCAAUGGUCUUUGUCCAUUGAUUUCUGUCAGUUUUGUAGGAAUUUGCAUUACAAUCUUGUGUUAAAUUUCACUUUGAAUCAUGUGUAAAUCAUUACGACUUGACGACUUUUAUUCAUGACAUUGAAGGAAAAUCGAUCAGAAUGUUUUUCAAUUGAAGACGAUUUGGGUAAUUAUCAUUUUUCCUGUAACAGAUUGCAUCUUUUACUUUUACCAGAUUUGUCACAUUUAAGUAAGAAAGUACAACCAUAUGCUGCGUCAUGCCUCUAUAUUGUAUUUAUGUGUUCAUUUCAGUUUUUGUCACUUUUGAUUGUUAUUUUACACACACUCCAAAUAUAUAUUUGAUCAUUUACACAUUUCAAUUUCUUGACAAAAUGACACCAAAUUGAAUUGGUUAAUCUUUAACACAAUUAAAUGAAUAAAAUGUUAAUAAAUGUACGUUUUAUUAAUAUUAUUUUGUUAAAGAUUUUGUCAAUUUAAAUGCGUGAAUCUUAAAAUGAGUCUGUAAAAUAGCAUUGGAUUUGCUGUUGAACACGUUGAUGUUUAAUAUGUUGUUAACGUGCUUUGCUUGAUACAUACAGAAUAGGGAUGAUUAGAAAUGGAAAAAGAGUUGACGAGAAUGGCGCAUUAACUCUUGCAGUUUAAAGCAAAAGUAGAAAUAUGUCGAUUUAUUAUUGCUGUGCUUGACAGAAAGCACGUUGACAACUAUUUUUAAACCAAAGGCGAAGAGAUGUUCUCAAGUUUGCAGCUUUUCAUGAUUUUAUCUUGACUUAGUAUCCAGUUUUAUUAUUUGCUCCUGUCUGACUCGAAAUAAACCAAGAACUGUUACUGUGUUAUAUGUACUUAGGGCUACAUUAAAAAAUAUAUAUAUAAUAUAUUUUCUUUAAUUAUGGCAUUUCAAUUUCAUAGAAAAAUUCCAUCAAAUUAAAUGUAGUAAUCUUUAAUAAAAUGCAAUAAAAAAACUAAAGACAAUUUAAUGGAAUUUUGUUCUGAAAUUCAAAUGUGUAAAUCUUAAAAAUGGGCUUAAGUAUUGUUUUGAGUGCAGUGAAACUUUAAUGACAUUGAGAUGACAAUGUGCAGUUAGUUAAAGAUAUAAAUGGAGUUUUCUUGUAAU